AUGGAUCCCCCGCCCCCAAAACGUAUGACUUUUCAAGAGCCAGACGAGCCUGGCCAGGAAAGCCUAUCCGAUCCCCCGUCCGCCCCCGAAGAAAACAUCCUCUCCACCUACGCGGCAUCCACCAUCCUCUCCUCCUUCACAUCCUUCCUCACCCUCACCAUCCACACCCUCCUCCACCACCGCGACCUCUACCCCUCCACGACCUUUAUCACCGUGCGCGCCCUCAACCUCCCCGUGUACCAGUCCCGCCACCCUGCCGUCUGCGCCUGGGUCAACGCCGCCGUGUCCUCCCUCCUCCCGCACCUGCGCGCAGGCACCCUCGCCAAGGUGGUCUUCUCAAUUCACGCCGGUGAGACGCUGGACGUCCAGGAGAAAUGGGUCAUUGACGUGAGCCAUCUCCCCCAUGAUUGGGGCGAGGAGUUUGAUCCCGCCGCGGCUGCUGCUGCGGCUGCCGCUGCCGACGAGGAAGUAGUAGAAGAAGAGGAUGUGCCCAUGGUGGACAUUAACGAGUCGUACCGCGGUGCCUUGCAGAGGAUUGCCUUCAAGGCAGAGAAGCUACCGCCUCCGCCCAAGGGAAGCACAUUCACUCUCGCCUUGGAACUCAGAGACGACGCAGCGGCGCCGAUUGGGCAACCCCAGCCAUGGAUCCCUGUACAGAAGCACAAAGGCAAGGUGCCAGCACAAGCACAGAGAACGGUGACAACACCAAUACGCGCCGUCCAUGCCGGGCCUAUCUUCUUCGAGUGCUGGGUCGAGCAAGUAGACACUAGUAAACAUACAUCGUCAUAA